AUGGGAAGCUAUCAAGUCAAAAUUACUUUAAGUGAUAAUGCCAAUCUUAAGAUGUCUAGAGAAUACAUUUUAAACUUAGUAGUUGAAGUACCUUAGGAAUAUCUAGAUAAACUGGUAGAUAAUUCCUAUCUUAGUGGGAGUGAUAUCAAUUAUAAUGGAAAUGAUAAUUCCAAAAAUAUUAAGCGUUUGAAGCUUACUGCAUAGAUUCAAAGUAUAGAUCAACUUGGUAAGAUAUUAUUGCUUUUGAUGGGUAAAACUAAGAUAAGCUAAAGUUUAAAUGGAAAAUUCUGGAGUUUGAAGGAUCAAUUAUGA